AUUCAUUUCAUUCAGUCUGCGAGCGCCCGCCGCGCGGUUGUCACGUGUGUAUGUGUCGCCCUCGGACCGAUCAAACCUCGCGACUUGCCGCCAUUACGAGUUGAAAACUUAGUUCAAAGUGAUGUUUAGUGCAAAAAUGACGACAAUGUUCAACAACGGUUUGUGUUAACGAGUAACUGGUGUGUUUUAUUUGUGUAACAAGUGCAAAUUUGUUGUGCACGUCACGAGUGGAUUUACAAGUUCACCCGGCAUUUGUUCUAGCCGUAUAAACGUCCAUGACUGAAAAUAAAUACGUACUGCAAAUCAUUACAGCACGCAUUUGUACCGGUUAAACAUGAAGCUCAUAAUCGCGCUGUACCCGCUUUUCUACUCUCUGUUCUUUCCUCUAUGCGGGACGUCUUCGAGCGCAGACGAUAGAAGAUGGCUUCUCUCUCUCGUGGACCUUGUGGAGUUGGACUAUGUAGACCACUGCGAACAGAGGGCCAGCGCCACGUGGAGCGAGCUUACUGGAGAUAGCAAAGGCUUAUCUAUGAAGCUGGAGCGGGACAAGUCCUUCGGGAUGUUCGCCCGCCAACAGACCACUGACGUGCGAAGCGCUCUCACCGCGCAUGCGUUAGCCCCGGACGACAACAUCCUAAGGCGUAAAGUGAAGCUACUCCUUCAGCCUGGGGACACGCUGUUGGAAACUGAGCAAUGGAUGCGGUUGGUCACAUUCGGAGAUACAGCUCUGAACAAAAUUCGCUUUGCAACCAAUUACGAUUGUGACACGAACACAAACUGCACGCUCAGAGAAUUAAACUACAACCUCGCGAGACAGCAAGAUGAAGCGAAGCAACGACGUAUGAAAGCGUCGUGGGAGAGAAACCUUCCCAACAUCACCGAUUAUUUGGAACACAUCCUGCCUUUGUUAAGGAACGCUUCCAAACAGAACAGCUACAACUCCGUGGAAGAGUACUGGGACGCUCUUGGAGAAUAUGAAGGCGGUUUGCUGAAAGCCCGAGAGCUGUGGGACCGCAUAAAACCUCUGUAUCUCAAGCUGCACAAAUAUGUUGCUCUCAGAUUAAGAGGAGCUGAUGCUGUUGGCAAGCCCCUGCCUAUACAUAUACUGAGGUCACUUUCAGGAGAUGACUGGUCUAAUAUAAUAGAGAAUCUGCUACCAAAACAUGCUGGAAUUUAUCAAAAAGUCCAUGCUAACCUACAACUUAAGGAACUCGGGGGAAUGAACGUGUUCAAGCGAGCAGGACAAUUAAUCAAAGACUUGAACUUUGGAGAGAUUGAGCCCGAGACACUUACAGACUCCGUAUACAAUAGCACUUGUCCCACGACCCUGGUCGACUGGUGCAAGCCAAAUAUGAUGAAAGCAGUUACUUGUAAAGACGUUAGCAUAGGGAACUACAUAGAAGCGCACGAAGCGGUCAUGAAGAUGAAAUACAAAGAAAUUAUAAAUUUGCAUAGCAAUAACACGUAUAUUUUGCGAGAGGCGCCGCGUUAUUCCGCGAUUUACGAGGCCAUUCCUGGAUUUGUUUCUCUUCUAUCUCUAAAUCCUCAUGCGUUGAACAGAGCUGGAUUGUAUUCGCUGGAAAUCUUCAACUAUAAUCCGAACUACCACCGGCUCGUACUACAACUGAUCAUGGCACUUCGAGAUUUGCCAAAAUUGAAUUUCUAUUUGGCGGCAGACGAAUGGAGAUUAAAAGUUUUGAUGGGAUCAAUUCCGUAUGCUAAAAUCCCGAGCAGUUGGAGUGAAUUUCGAAAGAACUUCUCUUUGAUUGAAUCAUCUAACACAGAUUUUCUCGGAGAUCCGUACAUUAUUUUCAACAAACCGUUCCUCGGGAAAUUUAUGGGAGUGAUUUUGAAGUAUCAAAUUUACCAAUCCUACGCCGAGGAGUUGAUUUCUGACGAAUCUGAUUUGAUCAGUCACGUAGCUGAAACCAAUGAGCGAUUAAUUAACACGAUGAUGCAAGGCUACGGGACGAAUUGGCUAGAGAUGGUUAGCGAUUUACUUGCAAAACGAGAAAACGGACUUGAGGAUACCGCACUUACUGAUUACUACAGAUUAUUAGAUGAGUAUUUAGAUAAUCAACUGGAACCAGCAAACGAAAAUGAAAUGAGUGAAGACUACAUAGACCCACCUAUUAUCGAUACACCACCAGAUGAAAAUGAAAUACAAACAUCAGAAGAAGCCACAGACAAAACAAUUAAGGUAGUUGAAAAUGUUCCGUCUCACGAAGACAUUAUUAGUAACGUCAUUGAUAUAGGCGAUGAAUCGAAUGCAAAGUUGGGAAUAGAGACUUCGACGGUAGGAGUUUUGGAAAUUAAGAACCCAGUAGCAGCCGAGGACCACACAGAAGGAGCCAGUACUAAAGAAGCGUCAUAUAACACGUACUGGUGGAUAGGUAUAGGCGUAGCUUUAGCAGUUGUUGUGAUAUUAGUAGCAAUAAUUGCGAGGAAACGUCACAGUCACAGGAAACAACUGGAGAAGCAGAGAAGGGAGAAUUCGCGUGCCUGAUUUGAAGAAUAUCGGUUCUAGAAGUGGAACCGAUUUUUAACUACACAGAGACUAAUUGUUAGUGAAUUUGUGCCAACACUGUGUGUUUUGCAUGUGAAUUUUCAAAAGACUUCUUGUGAUUUUAAAGUUACUUUGUGUAUCCAGCUUUCGUUAGAUUCUGGCACUGUUUGGCGGUGUGUAUUUCUGUAAGGUGCUGUUAUUUAUUUCACGUCAUCACAUUCAUUGCAUUUAUGUUCAUUGAGAUAUUGUGUAUUUAUUAAGGUUUUGGAUUGCGUUUGAUAUGAUAAAUAUAAUUGCUAGAUAGAUAGUAAAGAUGGAAUGAAAUAUUUUUGUACAUAUCACAAUUUGCAUAAUAGAAUAAAGAAUGUUACCAAGAGUGUCUAUGAUAGUUGUACAUUAUAGUUAGAUGUAAUUUCGCUGUGCCUUAAGCGUCUCAAUUUCUAAUAAGUAAGAUGCGCAAAAAUAUAAUAGAGAAAUUAUCAAAAUUUGUAUAAAAUAAAAUUAUGUAAUUUUAUAAAAUAUCUAUUCCCUGCUGUAUUGUUCAGACCAAAUUGAUGUUAAGUUUUCCGAGUAUAUUAUGUGAAAAUUAUUAUAUUUCAUCACCUAGUGAUGAUUCAAGUUUUUAAACGUUUACUGCGAUAGAUAAAUUAUGUCAUAUUUUUUCUUUUAAUUUUAUGUUAUUAUGAUUUCUAUCUAAGACUUUACUGUGGGUAAAGUAUCGGGAUUGUAAACAUUGUGUCACCAACAGAAGCCGACAUAAUAAAUGUUUAAACAUUCACAAA